AUGACUUCAUCAGACCCCAUCGCCAAUCCGAAUUUGCCCAGCCCGCCUUCGGGCAAGUAUCCGGCCAAGGCUCAUGCGAGACGGGUUGCGAAGUGGAUUGCGGAGAAUGGAGGGCCAAAGGGUGGUGUUAUUUAUCUUGAAGGCCAGGGGACCAAGAUGACUGAGGUGAAUUGCUUUCAUUGCGAGCGACUCAUUUUAUAGAAUGACUGAUGUGGCUGGAUAGGACGAUGAUCAGGCGAGUCAUUUCAGGUGAGUGAGUUGGAUCCCAAACCCUCGACUAUCUCACUCCCUCCAUGGGAUGCGAGAAGAAGAAGAGCGGGAAUGCAAUUUUUCAUGGUGACAAUUACUGAUCUUUUUUUUUUUUUUUUUGUGGACAGACAGAGACGGCACUUCUACUACCUGACCGGCUGCGAUCUCCCCGACUGCUUCUUCGCCUACGACAUUGCAUCGGACAGAUCCACGCUCUGGAUUCCCCCCGUCGACCCGGAAUAUGUCAUGUGGGCCGGCAUGCCUCUGCUCCCCGACGAAGCGCUGGAAAGAUACGACAUCGACGCCGUCCUCACCAGCGACGAGCUCAAGUCCGGCGAAUCCCUCGUGCAAAUGCUCCAGACACCAAACAACACCACCAUCUUCGCCAUCCAAGACCGCGCCGACCUGGCAAUCUUCCACUCGGAACAACUCCAACCCCUCCAACCGCGGAUAAACCACACCCUCGCCCGCCGCGCAAUCGAACAAUGCAGAGUGGUCAAAGACGACCACGAAAUCGCCCUCCUGCGCCACGCCAAUGCCGUCUCCUCGUACGCCCACGAACAGGUCCUCGCCAACGCGCACCGCGCUUCCAACGAGCGCGAACUCCACGCCCUCUUCGUCAUGCACUGCCACGCCAACAACUGCAAAGAGCAAGCCUACGGCUGCAUCUGCGCCGCGGGAACCGCCGGCUCCACCCUGCACUACAUCCACAACGACCAAGCCCUCGCCGGCAAGCACAACAUCCUCCUCGACGCGGGUGCCGAAUUCCAAUGCUACUGCGCCGACAUCACGCGCACCUUCCCCAUCACCCCGGACGGCACCUUCACCCCGGAGAGUAAGCAGAUCUACGACCUCGUCCAUCGCAUGCAGGCGGAAUGCUUCGCGAUGAUCCGCGCCGGCGUUUUAUGGGAGGACGUGCACAUGCGAGCCCACACCGUCGCCGCCGAGGGUCUGCGCGCUCUCGGAAUCUUUUACCAGUCCCUGUCCACGCAACAGAUUCUGGACUCGUACAUCACCACGCGCUUCUUCCCGCACGGCCUCGGGCACUACCUCGGCAUGGACACGCACGACGUCGGCGGCAAUGCGAAUUACGAGGAUCCCAACCCUUACUUUGCCUACCUCCGCGUCCGAGGGCGACUGCCAGCGGGAGCGGUCAUCACCAACGAGCCGGGGAUUUAUUUCCGCAGUUACCCGUUCCGAGCGGAGUUGAAGGAAGGGAAAUGGGAUGGGAUUGUGGAUCAGGAGGUUUUGGCGAGAUACUGGGCUGUCGGCGGUGUGAGGAUCGAGGAUGAUGUUGUGGUGAGGGAGGAUGGGUAUGAGAAUCUGACGACGGUGAGGAGUGAUUGGGAGUAUGUGCAGGAGAUGGUCAGCGGUGGGAGAGGACGGGAAGCUUGA